GGCUUCAGCGAGACAUUCCCCAAACCCUCAGGACCUCUGCCUGGUUUUGGUGGGAUUUUGUGCAGUGCAUCCCGUGCUGUGUCAAAGCCCACUUACUUUUUAUUGUAUCAAUCAUCCUCUUUAUGCAGCACCACGACUCGGAGAACGCUUGCAGGUCCUGUUCUGAAUGAGCAGUGCUCGCUGCCAGCUCAGCCUAGUUACUGCUGUAACUUAGUCUGGGGGAUGGGAGAAAAAGGUUGCUGCUACUUUAAAUAUAAUGCAUUAAGAGGAUGCUGGAAAAAGGCCUGCAUGCUGUAAUACCCAGCCAUCGAGUUGGAAAAGGAGCCAGAUGUAAUACAAAAGAAGAAACACAGCCUCUUAUGGAUGCUGCACUAAUUCAUAAAUCAGGUGAAUCAGCUUAGGCAACUGCUGUGUUUUUAUGCCUCUGCUGCAUGGAGAACUGCAUGUUGGAUGCUUUUAUUUGAAGUAAUGGAACCAGAUAAUCCUUUGGACCAGGACAACUCCAAUGAGUCCCCCCCGGAGCGCUGCGGGCAGAGGCGCAGCAUGCCCAGCGGCAUCUCGGAGAAGAACCCCAGCAUGGAGCCCGCGGCCACCACGCCCUUCAGGGUCACGGGGUUCCUCAGCCGUCGGCUUAAAGGCUCCAUCAAAAGGACAAAGAGCCAACCGAAGCUCGAUAGGAACAGCAGCUUCCGGCACAUUUUACCUGGCUUCAGGAGUGUGGACCAUGAAAGAUCCCAUCUAAUGCCGAGGCUGAAAGAAUCGCGCUCCCACGAGUCCUUGCUCAGUCCCAGUAGUGCUGUUGAGGCUCUGGAUCUCAGUAUGGAGGAGGAAGUGGUCAUCAAGCCUGUCCACAGUAGCAUCCUGGGGCAAGACUACUGCUUUGAGGUGACGACUUCAUCAGGAAGUAAGUGCUUCUCGUGUCGUUCGGCAGCAGAGCGAGAUAAAUGGAUGGAGAACCUGCGGCGUGCCGUGCACCCCAACAAGGACAACAGCAGAAGGGUAGAGAAUAUGUUAAAGUUAUGGAUUAUUGAAGCCAAGGACCUGCCAGCUAAGAAAAAGUACUUGUGUGAAUUAUGCCUGGAUGAUGUUCUUUAUGCACGAACUACCUGUAAAUUGAAAACUGAUAAUGUGUUUUGGGGGGAGCACUUUGAAUUUAAUAACCUCCCAUCGCUCAAAAACAUUACUGUGCACUUAUACAAAGAGACUGACAAGAAGAAGAAGAAGGACAAGACCAACUUCAUUGGGCAGGUGAACAUCCCCGUGAGCUCAGUGACGGGCCGGCAGUUCGUGGAGAAAUGGUACCCAGUGGUGAGCCCCAACCCUGGCAAGGGCAAGUCCCCAGGGCCCAUGAUCCGCAUCAAGUCCCGCUACCAGAGCAUGAGCAUCCUUCCCAUGGAGAUGUACAAGGAGUUUGCUGAGUACAUCACCAACAAUUACAUGGUGCUGUGCUCAGUGCUGGAGCCCUCACUGAGCGUGAAGAACAAGGAGGAGAUGGCGUCAGCACUGGUGCACAUCCUGCAGAGCACGGGCAAGGCCAAGGAUUUCUUGACUGACCUGAUGAUGUCUGAAGUUGAUCGCUGUGGUGAGAAUGAGCAUCUCAUUUUCAGGGAGAACACACUGGCCACCAAAGCAAUUGAAGAAUACCUGAAGCUGGUGGGGCAGAAAUACUUACAAGAUGCCUUAGGGGAGUUCAUCAAGGCACUGUAUGAAUCAGAUGAAAAUUGUGAGGUGGAUCCCAGCAAAUGUUCAUCUUCAGACCUCCCCGAACAUCAGGGCAACCUGAAGAUGUGCUGUGAGCUGGCCUUCUGCAAGAUCAUCAACUCCUACUGUGUCUUCCCAAGAGAGCUUAAGGAAGUUUUUGCCUCGUGGAGACAAGAGUGCAGCAACCGAGGCCGCCCCGACAUCAGCGAGCGCCUGAUCAGUGCCUCCCUGUUCCUGCGGUUCCUGUGCCCGGCCAUCAUGUCCCCGUCUCUGUUCAGCCUGCUCCAGGAGUACCCCGAUGACCGCACCGCUCGCACUUUGACCCUCAUCGCCAAGGUCACCCAGAACCUCGCCAACUUUGCCAAGUUUGGCAGCAAAGAGGAAUACAUGUCCUUCAUGAAUCAAUUCCUGGAACAUGAAUGGACUAACAUGCAGAGAUUUCUCCUGGAGAUUUCCAAUCCCGAAACCAUCUCAAACACAGCUGGCUUUGAGGGCUACAUUGACCUGGGCCGGGAACUGUCCACAUUGCACUCGCUACUCUGGGAAGUUAUUUCCCAACUGGAGCAGGGAACUGCCACCAAACUGGGGCCUCUGCCCCGGAUCCUGCGGGACGUCAACGCCGCUCUCAGUAACCCGGCCUGUGUGCAGGUGUCGGUCACGGCCGACCACGCCGCCUCCACACCCAGUGCUGGCAACAGCAUCUCUGCAGGGCUGCAGAAAAUGGUCAUAGAGAAUGACUUAUCUGGUCUGAUAGAUUUCACACGGUUACCAUCUCCAACCCCUGAAAACAAGGACUUGUUUUUUGUCACAAGGUCUGCUGGGGCCCAGCCCUCGCCUGCCCGAAGCUCCAGUUACUCAGAGGCCAAUGAGCCCGACGUGCAGAUGUCUAAUGGCAGCAAGAGUUUGUCCAUGGUGGACUUGCAGGACAAUCGGCUCUUGGACAGUGGGGCCUACGCUCCCGGCACGGCCGACUCCCUCAAUGACAGUCAGUCGUCCCUGGGGCAGUUGCAGGGCGUAUGGACCACACGGACUCAGCAGAACAGCGUGACGGGCAUGGCCACGGUGCGCCGGGUGGGCCAGACCCCCACCACGCCGAGCGGCGAGAGCGCGCCCGGCCGGCCCCAGCUGCUGGCGCCGCUGUCCUUCCAGAACCCCGUGUACCAGAUGGCCGCCGGGCUGCCGCUGUCCCCCCGCGGCCUGGGCGACUCCGGCUCCGAGUGCCACAGCUCGCUCAGCUCCCACAGCAACAGCGAGGAGCUGACGGCCAACAAGCACGGCUUCGCCGGCCCCGCCGCCGGCGAGGACUUCUCGCGCCGGCCGGGGGAGCUGGCCCGGCGGCAGCUGUCGCUGACCGAGAAGGGCGGCCAGCCCACGAUGCCGCGGCAGAACAGCGCGGGGCCGCAGCGGCGCAUCGACCAGCCGCCCCCGCCGCCCCCGCCCGUCACCCGCGGCCGCACGCCGCCCUCCCUGCUCAACACGGUGCAGUACCAGCGACCCUCCAGCGGCAGCAUGAUGUCCUCGUCGCCCGACUGGCCCGGCAGCGGGGCGCGGCUCCGGCAGCAGUCCUCCUCCUCCAAGGGUGACAGCCCCGAGAUGAAACAGCGCACGAUGCACAAACAGGCCCCUUCUCCUGUGAACCCCAAUGCCCUGGACCGCACUGCUGCUUGGCUUUUGAAUAUGAACAUGCAGUUUUUAGAAGAUGAAAGCAUUGACCCAGAUUCCAAGCACAGGGAUAAGCUCAGGAAUAAGGACGAACUCAGCCAAGCAGAAAAGUACCAGCAGGACCUGGUGGUGCUGCAGGACAAGCUCCGCAUCUCCAACAAGAAGCUGGAGGAAUAUGAGACUCGUUUCAAAUGCCAGGAGGAGACCACGCAGAAGCUGGUGCUGGAGUACCAGGCCAGGCUGGAGGAGAGCGAGGAGCGGCUCCGGAGGCAGCAGGAGGAUAAGGAGAUCCAGAUGAAGGGCAUCAUCAGCAGACUGAUGUCAGUUGAGGAGGAGUUAAAGAAGGACCACGCUGAAAUGCAGGCAGCUGUGGAUUCCAAGCAGAAGAUUAUUGAUGCACAGGAGAAACGCAUCGCUUCCCUGGAUGCUGCCAACGCACGGCUAAUGAGUGCCCUUACUCAGCUGAAAGAGAGGUACAGCAUGCAGACACGUAAUGGGAUCUCCCCCACAAACCCAACUAAAUUGCAGAUUACAGAGAAUGGAGAAUUCAGAAACAGCAGUAAUUGUUAACGCGCGGAGGGCGCUGCCGCAGGAGAGGCCUGGCCGGAGGGACCGUGCACAGCAGGCGUGAGCCGCGGCUUCAGAGAACGGCUGCUCCCCGAGCACCAGCUCCUUACUGCGGACGGCGCCGACUGACCCUGCUGGGAGAUGUCCUGCCAGCACAUUGAGGGACGGGAAUGUCGAGUGUGAGAUGAGUGGCAUAAGGAAAUAACAUAUAUUUGAGAAUCGCUGUCACUGUUGGAUUUGAAUCAGUGUUUAAUGUUCAAACAAAAGUAACCUUUUCCUUCUAAACUGCCCAAAGGAUAUGCCUCACCCCUCCCAGCAAGGAGUAACGUCCUUGUCAUUGCAGUAAGCGAAAUAAAGGGAGCUGGGCAGAGCCUGCAGCAGGCAGGGGCCCAGUAAGUCCAGAUCAAGUGUGCUGCGGGAUGUAGCGUCCGAGGGACGGCAGCAAAGCCUGGCCCGCUCCUCCUGUGACUCCCCCCGGAGCACAGCCCUCCCAAAGUGAACCCCAGCCGAGCCCAGCAUCCUUCCUGGUGGCUUUUGUGAGGCCGCUGACUUUUACAGCAUCCACAGGGCAUUUAUGCAGCUAAUUAGUGUUUAAUUAACUCCGCCCAUACAGGGAGUGCAGUGCAGAUGGAAGGUCAGGGCGGUGUGGUAGCCAAAGGGGUGCCAUGUGGGAACCCCAGUGGCAAGGGGCAGGACUGGUGCUGCUGGGGGUCCCUGGGCAGCCCAGGGGCACAGAGCAAGGCCAAGGCUCUGGCACAGGAGUGGAGGGAGGAGCUGGCACCUGGUGAAUGGCAACUCGAUUCCUCUCAACAGCUUCUGCUCUCUCACAGAUAAAGGGGAAGAGUUUUGUAGCCCCAGGCACUGUCCCACGCACACUUCCCUUCACAGAAUAAAGUGAAUGUUGCCUGAG